GAGUGAAGAAAGAAACUAACACUCUCAGCUACUGCACACAUUAAACAGGAGUCUCUCAGCUGCAGACGUUGCCCCUUGGCUCAAACAUCCCACAACCAAAAAAAAAAAAAAGCAGCAAAGAAAAGGAUAUUUUCCCUUCAGACUCUACAAAAUCUGGUUUCUACAGUCUCCUGAAAUAGCUUCAUAAUAAUUCUGAGCUACCAGAUCUGUUCAUGGCUCUAUUAACAUCUUGGCCUUGUUUGUCAUGGACCCCACUGAUUUCUUUAUGGUUGCUGUGUACUUUAUGCAAUUCGGCCAAUGCCCAGACAUCAGCACCCCCACGAGGAUGUGGGUCAGGCUUAAAUCCCUUGUACUACAACCUAUGUGACCUUGACGCAGUCUGGGGCAUUGUGCUGCAAGCCAUCACCAGUGCGGGCAUUGUGUCUUCAUUCAUACUCACUAUUGUUCUGAUAGCCAGCACACCCUUUGUCCAAGAUAAGAAGAAGAAAAGUAUACUGGGUACUCAAGUCUUCUUUCUCCUAGGGACAUUUGGUCUUUUUGGACUUGUCUUUGACAUGAUCGUCAAAGAAUACUUCUCCACGUGUGCAUCUAGAAGGUUCCUCUUUGGGGUACUGUUCGCAAUCUGCUUCUCUUGCCUAUGGGCACAUGGAUUUUAUCUCAACUUCCUGGUGCGGAAAAACACCAGCCCCAGCGGCUGGUGGAUUUUUGUCAUGGCGGUGUGUCUCGCUUUGGUUGAAGUUAUCAUCAACACAGAAUGGCUCAUUAUUACUAUUGUCCGUUCUUCAAGCACUCAAGGUGAUCCCUGUGCCAUAGCUAAUGAAGACUUUGUGAUGGCCCUUAUAUAUGUUAUGUUCCUAAUACUUGCAGGCUUUGUGACUGCUUGGCCAGCAUUAUGUGGUCAGUAUGGACACUGGAAGAAGCAUGCAAUUUUCAUUCUGAUUACUCUCUUCAUAUCUGCUGCCAUCUGGAUUGUCUGGAUUGUAAUGUAUGUUUAUGGGAAUAGAAAGGUUGGAAUCCCUUUGUACUGGGAUGACCCAACAUUAGCCAUAGCUCUUGUUUCAAAUGCAUGGGCUUUUAUCUUCUUCUAUAUUAUCCCAGAGAUUUCCCAGCUGACAAAGCCAAACAGGGACCAGACAUUUCAGGAAGAGCUGUAUCAAACUAGAGGCGUGGGCUAUGAGACGAUCCUGAAGGAACAGACUUCCCAAAACAUGUAUGUGGAGAACAAAGCUUUUUCCAUGGAUGAACCAAAUUCAUCUGCCAAAAGGCCUGUUUCUCCAUAUAGUGGAUACAAUGGUCAGGUUCGGAGUAGUGUGUACCAACCAACGGAGAUGGCAUUGAUGAACAAAAAUAUGCCAGAACUUCCAUAUGAUGUUAUAAUUCCAAGACCCACAGCCAACUCACACCCGGCAGCCAGCGGAAAUGCCACAAUACGAGCAGAGGACGCCUAUGCUGCUCAGAACCGGAACAGUGCCAGUCCUCAAAUCAAGAAUUUACAGACGCAAUCUCCAUACAACCAGUGGUGAAAUCUCACUGGCUCUACCACUAAAGGGAUGUGAUCUAACACUUUUUUAGCUUGUGCACGAGUGAGAAGACGAGCCUGGACAGAGACUUGAUGCUGCUGGGUUUCCAUACCCCUAUACUGACACUCCAAACAUAGGAUGUACCUUUUUAUGUAGGAAGUUCACUGGGAUGUGUGGUCAAAGUUAAUCUUUGGCUAUCUAUCAUUUGGGUAUCUCAAAAAGAAAAACUUUACAGCAAAUCUUUUUCAAUAGACUAAAGUUAUAACUUUCUCUAUAACAGCUUCUUAUUUACACGCUAGUGUAUAAUGGUAUUGAGCAUGUGUAGAGCUGAAUCUCCUAACAGUUCUCAAGCCUUUGGUUACAAAACACAGUGAAUUAUUUGAUUAUUAUAUUAUUUAAUAUUUUAUUGGGGUUAGAGAUCAUUGUAAGUAUUCAGUUUGGCUUUAAGGUCAUUAUAGAGUUACACUAUCCGAAGUGGUUUUAUGCUGUUUGCACAGUAACCUAAGAAGAUGGCAAAAUAUAACCUAUUCCUGCAUUUACUGCACCGAAUGGGUUACCAAAUGGUACCCCAGCGCUACUGAAUCAUAAGUGCCUUUAAAAAAUAUAUAUAUAUAUAUUUCACUAUAAAUAUCCGCUUAUUUCACCUGGAUUAGCCAGACGGCAUCCUGGUGCAGAUUCAAUGUUAAAAAAACAAAACAAAAAAAGUGUAUUUUAUUUCAAAUUUUUCUGUAUAUAGUAAAAGUGUUAUUUUUACAUGCAAAGUGUGUGUGUGUGUGUGCGCGUGCAUGAGUCUGAGUGUAAUUGAAUGUUUAAUGCUAGUGCAGGGAUCCUGCUGGGAAGUCCUACUGCAAAAUCUGCCUGUGCAGAGAAUAAAAAUAUACUUUAUUUAAAUAAUCUGUUGUAAAAAUUCUUACACUCCAAAUGUUUUUCUUGUGACAUCUAAAAUAAACAUUGUUGUCAAAGAAAAUAAAUCCUAUUUUAUUUAAAUGAAACAAA